UGCAUUUUGAUUUUUUAAAAAUUGUUUAAUCUCUAAUAUGAAAUUCUCACUCUACGUCGCGGACAUAUAAACGAAUAGGAAUAUUGCUCUUUGUCACGAGGGCAGCAGCUUUUUCGCACGAAGUUUCGCGCGAAUGUUUGCGGGACCAGGCCAAGGGAGCAUCGGGGCCGGCGGGUCCUUCUCGUUUCCAGGUCCUCCGCGCCCCCGUGCUUUCGCAGCAUCGUGCCUGCUCUAUACCACCUGUGUGAAGUUAGAUACGCAGUUGAUUUCCACUGUGUCGGCGUAUGAUAAAUCGUCUCAGAGGAGUCUUCGGGGCCAGCAGCAGAAAAAUCUGUACGAAGUCGAUGGCGCCACCGGCGACGCGACUCCCAACAAGCAGGGCUCCGAUGAAACUAUGGAGAUAUUGCAGGUAUUAUAGGGCCCGUUGCGAAACAAGACCGGCUGCGCCGAAAAAUGAAAAAGUUCUUUGCAAAUCAUUAUUUUUCAAAACACUAAAUACGAAGAGCGCAGGAGCGCCUUCUUGUCUUUGUAAAUCGCGUCCCCAGAUGAAGAUUUUCCAAAAAUCAUUGUCUUCAGGAGGGGGAAACAAGCCUGGCCUCUGCAGUGCAAGUCCACGUGAAGGGCCUGGAGGAGUCCUGGGAAGAGGCCCAAGAGGCGUUGGGCGAGGAAGCCCCCGAACACAACAUGGACGAGCUGAAAUACCAGAAUAUUCCCUGAAAAUCAACCAUCCCCAUCCACUUUUUGCAUGACAAACACAGAACUUUCUACAUCGUUUGCAUGGCAAACUGGGUGGCGAUGGUUAAUUUUCACGGAAUACAGAAUGCCUACAACGAAUGGACCGGCAGUUGGAUGAGCUGCAGGCCGAGCUGGAUGUACCCACAAUACUUCUGCGUGCACACCGAAGAGUCCUACAACAAGCUGAAGGAAUUGGCUGAAAAAGCGGAAAAGGCUUACAAAGAGCGCUGCCCGCACGGACCGACGCCGGACGCAAAUUGCAACUCCCUUCCGGGCUAUGAAGUGUAAAAGUGUCUGGGUCUGGAAGAGUCAUGCUGUUUUUGCAUGACACAGAAGGUCUGGCAUGGAAGCUCUAGCAUCACAGGUUUCUAGAACCUUCCGCAAUGCCGAAUCCGCAUGACAAGUCCCCUAUUUUGCUGACAAAAAGUGGGAGCUUCUGCUGCGUAUUCAUGAGAGACUUUUUUGUGUUCUGAAACUGAAAUACGCAUUACAAGUUGCAUUCUUCCAGACCCAGACAUUUUUGCAUUUGAUACGGGCGUGCCGCCCGCCUCGGAGUACGAAGCGGAGCCCGAGGGCGUUCACAAUGGCAUGGUCAUCUUUAUGGGACUCCCAAACGUCACAUUCUCAACUGUUACAUGAAUUUGUCAUGCAAAACGCACAGCAGCACCCACACGAUAAAGCUACUUCGCAUGACAAAUUUUUGAAGGACUAAACAGCAUGAAAAUCCGUGCCAAAUUUGUAAUGCGAGAUGUGCACGCUCCCUUCUUUUAUUUUUCCUAUUCUUGCGUCCGAGAUUCUGAUUCAUGUACCAGUUGAGAAUGUAACGCUUGAGAACUCCAUAAAAUUUAAAGGGUCGGCCAGUUUUCCGGUCUGCAAAUUGAUUACCGGUGGAGGUGCGGAGAGUCAGAUCAGCAUUUCUGAGCAGGCGUUCUACUGGAAAAAAGGUCGUGCUUUACAAGAUGACUUUUUUCAGCUUCGCCUAAUUGUAAAUAUCAGAUGUCGUCGCUAGUGGCUUGUUUAUCGCGGUUUUUUCAACAUUGUUCCUGACAUUGACCUUGAGAUUAUUAAGUAGUACUAUGCUUAUGCACUCGAACAAAAACGACAACCACAACUUCAAGGCUCGGUCUACGACUACGCCAGCAACGAGGGCAGCGUAAAGAAGAAGUGCAACGAUAAGGCCUUGGUAACGGCGCAGAAAUUUUGCCUCCAGAACGGCGCCACAACGUCUGGCAUCAACUGCAAACUAUCGUCUCGGGUGUAUGGAAGUAGAUUGUGUGCUUUGUCAUGCAGGAGGUUUAUUCACACGACCGACGACGACUCUGACACUAACCCAGAUGGUUUGGAAUACGGGCGCCAGCGUCACAAGUUCUGAGAAGCCUCCUCGAUGCCUAUCGUCCUGCAUGACAAAUGGCAUCUUCGAGUGGCCAAAAGUGGGCGCCUUUGCUGGUCAUGCAAUAAGUACAGAGUCAUUUUUUUGUCGACCAGACCUAGCAGCACAAUCUCGGAGAAGUCUUCCAGACCCACACGACAUAUUUCCAAUGCAUAUCUGGUCCUGACAAGGGAAGAUGGGGCACGCGCCAGUUUGGAGAGCAGAUCACGUCGGAUGUGUGCGACGGUGGGUCGGAUGUGUACGUGGCGGGGAGUCCCGAGAAGGCCGAGUUCUGUAAGUACAAGGAAAACGGAGGGGCGAGCGUGACUCUUUUCCUGGGGUGCGUGCCCGCGGUACCCCGGAUUACGUGCGAAAGUCUCGAGCAGAGUCACGGGAUCUGCGACGACAACAGAAUGUGGCUCAUCGCACACGAAGACGGGCAACCGCGCAACUAUUGCCGGGGAGCGGGAGCGCUGAACGACCCGGAGGGCCAUUGCGUGGACACGUGCUGCACCAGCCCGGAAGACAAGCAAAACAACUACAAGUGCAUAUUGCAAGGAAAGGUCCCGCCUCCCCACAUUGAAAAGAACGCAUGAUCCUUCUGAAAAUUUGUGAUGCAGAUUUGCGACCACAAAGACAAAUCCUGUCACUCUUGCAAGAAGUAGGCAAAUCCAGAGAGUUCGCCGCGUUAUGCAGGCGGUUUGUGAUGCUGUAAGGUUUACAGGGCAGACGUCUUCCAUGCUAGGCGCCUACAUGAAAAGGCCCCGACCUAGGGUCGCGCUCUGCGUUCAGUCCUUUACUGCAGCACAGAUCUGAUUCGUGUACACAAAUGGAUGCCGCAGCAUGAUAAGAUAUGGGGAGGGGGGAUUUUUCAUUCUGAUAGUGCAAAUGGCUGCAGGAUCUCGACCACAACCUCUGCAAUGACAGCGGAGGGUUCAAUGACGAUGACCAGAAUGCGAUUACGUUGUACGACAGGAAAGACCCGGGGAUUGCCAAGAUCAGCUGCUGUAAGGACGGACGCGCUUCUAUGGAGUUCUCAAACGUUACACGCUCAACUGUUACAUGAGUUUGAAUUUGUAUCUGCACAGGGCUACAUAAAGCCCCCGCAGGGGCAGGGGCUAACGCAGGAGGAGAAGGAGAAGAGAGUUGAGGAGCUGCAAGUAGUACUUCACACGAUACAGAGCGGCUUCUCAGGCAAAACGAUGUUGGCGACAGGCGAUUACAAUUCGGAGGCGAAGGUGAGAAGGUGGCAGGAGUGCAGAAGCGGAGUGGUGCAAGACCUACUCCCAACGACGCCUAGCAGGGUUGCGGCGGAAGCCCAGACCAGGCCGGACGUGGCUUUCAUCCGAGACCGGGGGACGAAAAAGGCGACAGCAAAAACAGUACAGCCGCAGUACGUGCUGUCGGACCAUCUGGGUAUCUGGGUCGAGGUCAAAAGCUCGGCGUUCACGAAACGGGUAUUGCCGGAGCUACCUCCCACUGCAGAGCAGCGGAUGCGAGCGCCGAUAAAGAUGACUGAGGACCAGAAACGCACUCUGAAGGACAGCAUGGUGGAGAUGGCCAAUGACCACAGCAAGCAUCUCCACCUUGCACGCGACCUCGCCAAGGCGAUGGGGACAGCCCGCAUAACAAAAUCUGCAACCAUCCCGAGGGAGCGGCAAGCACUGCUCAUGGACACCAAGGCGGGGAGGAUCAUCCUUGAUCCAGGUGAAAUCGCUAGAACAAGGGAGAAGAGGUUCAGAAGAAAAGAGCCCCACGGUGGUGACCCAGUUUCCCACGCGAAGAUAAUGGAGUUGAUAAACGCUGGCCCAAGUGCCAAAGUCGAGUGGAAGUCAGGCGCACUGGAGAGGGCGCUCGCAGCGGUGUUCCCGGCCCGCAGUCCUGGUCUCUCCGGGAUACGCCCCGAGCAGGUGAGAGAGGUGCCGUUGGAGUAUUGGAAGAGAUGGGUUGCGGAACAACAGGACGCAUACAAUGAGAUGCGACCAAUGGCCUUCGAGAAGAGUAAUUUAAUUUCUGCGGUUCCCAAGGUCCAGGAGAAGAUGGGACUAGUGGAGAACGAACGCCCGGUGGCGCUGCCUGACGCUCCGGACAAAGUCCCGGAGGGGCUUCUACUCGAGGAGCUUUUCAAGAUCGCCAAGGAGGUGGUGGAGCAGUCGGCGUACCUCCCAGGAAAGUCCGCUGACGUAUCACUCUACAGAGCAGUGAGGCACUUCAGGACGAGAACCGCAGGGCGCACCAAAUACGCCAGAAAAGCCGACGUUGAAGGCGGUUUUGAAAAUGUGCUGUUUUCGGAGAUGGUGAAAAGACUCCAAAAGCGAGGCGCGUCGAAGGAGCUCUGCUACCAGAUAUACGAAUGGCUCCGGGGUCGCUGUCACGCAAUACUAGUGGACGGCGCGAUAGUUAUCCGCUGGACGCCAAUAGUCGGAAUGGGCCAAGGCCCCAGGCUCCCACCGGCCUUGUGGGUUGUCUACUUGGCGGAUUCCAUCGACCAGCUGGACAGGUCCAUCGUCCAGCUCUUGCCAGAGGUAUUCGCCGACGAUGUUCUCCUCCUCUUCGAUUUCGACGGCGGAAAGGUGGAGGAGGAAAAGGCGGCAGCUGAGGCGCACAUUACCGACUGGCAGCGGCAUACGGGACUCACCUUCGGCAAAGUAGAGUGGUUGAAGGCCACAAGAGGCAGCGCGGGCGACAGCAGCUUUUUCGAAUAUCUCGGCUUCAUUCUGCAGAGUUGCGGAAGGACGGAGCGAGAGGUCGACCGCAGGCAGGUGAAGAUCCUGGCGAAAGCGAAAACGCGUGCGAACCAGACCAAGGAGGAGCGUAUCCCGGCGGAAGACGUCAAGUUCUUUAACGAGCAAUGCCGGAGUCACCUCAACUACGCCGCCGCGGCACUUUAUGAAGGCCUGCAGGAGGACAAGGCAGCACAGAAAGAGCUGCGAAACACGGUCGCAAAGGCGCUGCGAUCCUCGCUUGGACUGUCGUCUCUCUUCCCGGUCCAGGCCUCGUUUGACCUGAUAGGCAUGGGCUGCCCGCUGGAUAACUUGCAAGUGGAACAUGAGACGAUGAAGUAUUUCCUGAUGGGCGAAGCGAAAGGGCAUGCAGUCUCCGCUGGGGGACUGCACCAGCAGCCGGAGUGGUUCGACGAGAGUAGGAUCAAGAUCUUCACGUCCAAGAAGGUCUACGCCCGAUUCGACAUACAGCACGGCCAGGAGCAAGACUUGGCGAUGGCCAUGGAGCAACAGCUAUGCCCAAUGCCGGUGCCACCGGAAGAACUCCGGGCGAGCUGCGAUGGCGGCAAACUGGGAGGCAGCGGGACAAGCCGGAAAUCGCAGCGGGCCAACUGCUUCUACGAAACGACGGAAGACCAGCAAGCAGUAACGUUUCGGGUCUGGACCGAAUUCCCCCAAUUUGAUGUUGAGGCAAUAGCGCUGGACCAGUUACUGCUGAUCAUCGACGAGGCGCUGCAGGAUGGGCAUACAGUAGUCAGAAUCUUCACCGACGCUAAUGGUGUGCUGCAAGCCUUGGAAAACAGCUGCAGCAGGUUGGAAUACAUGACGAAGAUAAGGCAGGGGAUCAACAAGAUCCUCGUGAACCACCUGGGCACCACGGUGGAAAUUUUCUGGGUGCCGUCCCACCGGGGCUUCCGACUUAAUGUCAUUGCAGACGGCCUGGGGCAGCUAGAAGACAGCCCGGAAGAUGUGGUGUGUGAACCUAUUUCGAAGCAGCGGGUCAAGCUCAUUGCGCGGGAGGAGCGCAAAAGCUCCCACGAAGCAGUGGAAGCAGAGGCAGACCGGGACGUGACUACCCUACACCGGGCGUCGAGGGUCCGGGCGCUAGGGAGAUUGGAGCUAGCGGGGCUAAACGAAGCGCAGCAGCGGGUCGCUUUGUCGCUUUGGUCGGGAGAAUCGUUUUUACCGGCAACGAUGGUCAAACGAUGUCCACGGGGAUGGCCAGUGUGCCGCCUCUGUGGCGGCGACGUCAAGGUGAAGCGGGUCCAGGGAGGCUCUUGGAUCAAGGGCUUCAAGGAGGAUGACGAAGACCAAGAUGUGCGGAAGUUUUCCAGAAUAGUGGACCACCUCCUAGUGGAGUGCCCCGCAGUCCCGGAAGCUGCCAAAUACGCAGGCAAGCAUGCGCCAAGGGUGAUCCAGAAAUGCCCCAAGACGCACAUGAACAGGCUAAUAGACGCGACCCAGCAGCCGGAGAAUAAGAUCAGCCUAUCGCACUGCUGGCCGUACAAGACGAGGAGUGACAAGCCGACCAGGGCCGAGGAGAUGGCGGCGGUCCCGCGGGCGUGGUUGCAGGAGGGGAAGGAGGCGCUGAAAAGGAGGAAGCUAGACGGCGCUGGUGCGGAGCAGGCGGGUGACUGAGGGGGUGAAAGAAGUAUUCGCACCAGGAUGGGGCGAGGCAAGAUCAGAGGGAAGAUGUUUCUGCAGACCUGGCAAGACGGGUCAGUAGUUGGCGAUGCAGUGACAACAAGGAUCACCACUUCAGCCUGCUCCUGUAUCGGAUCCAUCCAAGCAAGGAAUAGUAGUAAUGAAGAUCAGGAUUCUUGAGCGCGCUGCCUUGCGCAGUGCUACUUCCCAUCCAGAGGUCGUAAUGCUCGAAUUGAUCCAAGAUGUUGUUCCGCACAAGAUCGAAAAUCGCGUGCAGCAGAAGUCUGUUCCACACACAAGCAGUGCCAGCAGGUCUUACAAGAAGAUACUGACGAUCCAGCAUGUUUGUUUUUCUCCAGAAGCAACACCCUUUUUCUUUUGCGGUUCCCUCUCACUGAAGCCGAUCCUUUUUGACGGGAAAGGAAGUAGCAGGCGAACCUACGGUUCCCGUUUUUCAAUAUUGCAGCGACUACUCUCACCGCAACCGUGCUACUGGAGAAGUCGGCGCUUCUCCUACUUUCGGGUACAGAGCCACUAAUGAAGCGAUGCAGGACAUCAAAGGCGCAAAUAAGAAGCAAAAGUAGACCCACUACCAAAUCCAGGAGUGCAGCGAAACAAAUAGUCAGGCGCCGAGCAAUGCGGUGCAGCAGUAGGGUUUAAGGGUUAGGGCUAGGGUAAAGGGGGGCAACUGGGAGAUGCAGGGCAUAACUCCGUGUUUUCCUGUGUCUCUUGGUGGCGUUUACGUACCACUGCCAGAGCUCAGGCUCAGGUGGGGUCGGCAGGAAGGGCAAGAAGAGGAGUCUUGCUUAGGACCUGCCAUUUCUAUGGCGCCUGUUCUGACGCAAGGAAGGGCAAGCAGAGGCGGCUUGCUUAGGACCUUGCGGUUGUGCGGAGGUUGAUAGGUGCAGUACGGAUGAGGAGGUAGUAUUGCGCCUUUCUGAAGCCAGGGCUGAUAGUUGGCUCCGGCUGACAUUCUCCCAGGCAACUCCCCGAGUUUGACUGGUUCACAGCUAAAAAGGGUUUUGUUUCAUCAAGCUCCGGUGGUGAUAAGUUGAAACACUAUUCGCCAGCUAUUCACAAGCAGGAACAUAGAAAGUACGCUAAACAGUUACUCGCUCGCCUGAAGAAGCGAGCACCCGAUUGAAUUUGUAUCUGCAAGGGGAGCAAAAGCAAAAUCAAAAUUGGGGAGCGGGAGCCUGCUGCUCCUCUCGCAUUACAGAUUUGGCAUAGAUUGAUUUCCAUGCUGUUUCUUGGCCCUUCGAGAAUUUGUCAUGCGAAGCAGCUUGAUCGAGAUUGCGAUCGUCAUCGUGUAGAUCUUCGCGACAAAUCAUGUAACAGUUGAGAUUUGACCGCUUGGGAAUCCCAUAGAAUCGAACAAAGUGGUCGCCCCUGGGCAUCCGGAAACCUGUGCAGACCUCCAAGCCGGCAAGUACGAUGACAAGUACGGGAUCAAGAGCCACAAUAUUCCCUGAAAAUUAACCAUCACCAUCUACUUUUUGCAUGACAGACACAGAAUUUCCUACAUGUUUUGCAUGACAAAUUGAAUGGGGGCUUGAGCUGCGCAGUCUGUUAAGCAUGACAAAUUGGAUGGGGGUGGUUAGUUUUGUUUCAGGGAAUACACGACUGGUGCAGCGACGGAACAUCCUGGAGGUGGUCGGAAUCCAAGGAGCAUGCAUCCGUCAACUCCGUUAUCUACUGGCAUAUCCCCAGUGGCGAAAGGACGAACCGCGAGCCUGCCAUGAAGUACCACUUUCGGCAGAUCUGCUGCGAGAAGGUCUAG